CCCUAAUUUCUUUUGUGUUACUAAAAUUAUCAAUCUCAAAUGUACGCAUCCGAGAGUGUAAACGAACAAGAUUCAGAACGAACUGCUUUUCGGAAAACCGAAAAGAAGUAUAAGUUAUAUUAUGAUACCAAUUCAAAAAAGAAGAAGCGACCGAGGCAAGUCGAUUUAUCGGAAGUUAUCGAUUUUAAAUCUAUUUCGGAAGCCUUUGAUGAUAAGGGUGAACUUCCGAGUGGCGUAUCGAAGCUUGAAUGUCGAUUCGAUAGCCCGGUUUUCUGUUUAGAUGAUUGUCCUGGUUUCUAUUUCAUUCCGGCAGCAUUGAGUAUCGAGGAACAAUGCAGAUGGAUUAAAGAGAGUUUGGUUAGUUUUCCUCAGCCGCCUAACAGAACAAAUCAUAAUGCUAUUUAUGGACCCGUUCAUGAUUUGUUUUAUGCCGCAAAAGAUGGAUGGGUGUUACUUGAAAAGGAGAAGUUACCUGGUGAAGAUAAGUCUACUGGUGCUGAUAUUAAUGUUUCUAGUCAUAGAUGGGCUUCUUCUGAAGAACUUAACUCAUCAGUAAGCGGAAAUACUAUUAAGCCGGUGUCUGCAUCUGUCCUAUUACGCAAGUUAAGAUGGAGUACUCUUGGUCUGCAGUUUGAUUGGUCAAAGAGGAGCUAUAACGUUUCACUCCCCCACAACAAGAUCCCGGAUGCACUUUGUCAACUAGCUAAGAAUAUGGCUGCUCCUGCAAUGCCAGUAGGAGAAGAGUUUCGCCCAGAAGCUGCAAUUGUUAAUUACUUUGGGUCAGGUGACAUGUUGGGAGGUCACCUUGAUGAUAUGGAGAAAGAUUGGAGUAAACCUAUUGUAAGCAUGAGUUUGGGAUGUAAAGCUAUUUUCCUUCUUGGAGGGAAGUCUAGAAAUGAUCAACCGUUAGCUAUGUUUCUUCGCAGUGGCGAUAUCGUGUUAAUGUCUGGAGAAGCAAGGGAGCGUUUUCAUGGUGUACCUCGAAUUUUUACGGAUACAGAAAAUGCAGAUAUUGGAGCUUUAGAAAAGCAAUUUUCAGAUGAAGACGAUGGUUGUUAUUUGGAGUAUAUUAGUAACUCUAGAAUUAACAUUAAUAUCAGACAAGUUUUCUAAUUAGUUUUCUUUACCCAAAUCGAUUACAACUGAUAUAGAGAAGAUACCACAGCUUCAAGGUUUGUUGUCAUUUUCUAAAUUUUCACCUUUGUGUACUAGUUACUCAAUUCUUUAUUUGACUAGAUUUUAAGUUUGACAUUAA